AUGGCUAACAACACUCGCACCGUUCGUGAAGAUUUUGAGAGCUUUAAGGCUUCAAUGGAGACACGUUUUUCGGAUCUUGGAACUUCUUUGGAAGCACGCUUCAUGGAAAUUGGAGCUUCACUGAGAAACAAUCUGGAAGAAAUGUUUCGCAAUCAAGAAAGCAAUGCUAUGUCCAAUUCCGGUCAUCAUUCUCGAUCCUAUUCUUGUCGCACGCGUUUGGCUAGAAUCGAUUUUCCUCGAUUUAACGGAGAUGGCGUGAAACAAUGGUUAAUUCAAUGCGAGACCUUCUUUUCUGUGGAUGAUACACCGGAGGAUUGCAAAGUGAAAUUGGCAGUGGUUCAUUUUGAGGGCAAGGCCCUGCAAUGGCACAGUGCCUAUGUCAAGAAUGUGGGUUUAUUGAAUCUUCCAUCUUGGAGUGAGUACACCAAGAUCCUAAUUGCUCGUUUUGGUGAUGUAUGUGAGGAUCCUAUGGUUGAGUUGAUGAAGUUAAGACAAAAAGGUUCUGUUCAAGACUACCAUGAAACUUUUGAUCAACUAGUUUCUCAAGUGGAACUUUCGGAGGUUAAUCAACUAAGCUGUUUCUUGGGAGGUUUGCGUCAUGAUGUACAAAUGAUGGUGCGAAUGUUCCAACCCAGUUCAGUGACGAAAGCCUUCUCCUUAGCCAAGAUGUAUGAGUCUGCCAAUACCAAUUCUAGUGUUACCAAGACCUUCCCAAAGCCCACCAAACCAACCUCUUCCCAAACCUUUCCUUCAUCCAAACCUGACAAAAAUUCUGAACCCCUGCUUUCCACUCCUGGACCUCAAACACAGGCCGCCAAUAAAAACCAAACACAAACCACCAAUAGGCUUAGUCCUGCGUAUAUGAAUGACAGAAGGGCAAAGGGGUUAUGCUACUUCUGUGAUGAACCCUUCUCUACUGCACAUGCUCAGACUCAUAAAAAGCUUCAGAUACAUGUGAUUGAGGUGACUGAUGAUGAGGCUCCAGUGGAGGCUGAUUCUCGUAACCUUGAGGCAGCAAACUUGGAGGAUGGUAAUCCCUUAAUUUCUGUUAACGCUAUGACUGGUAUAGCUAAUUUCAGAACAAUGAGAGUGACAGGAUAUUUUGGAAAAAAACCUCUGCAUUUGCUAAUUGAUAGUGGUAGCACACAUAAUUUCUUAGAUGUGGAAGUUGCUAAGAAAUUAGGUUGUAGAAUUGUGAAAAUGGAUCCUGUUAAUGUGUCUGUUGCUGAUGGCACUCAGGUGCUGAUUGAUUCCAUGGUAAAGAAUUUUGUUUGGUCAUUACAAAACACUCAGUUUAGCUGUGAUAUUAUGUUGAUUCCUCUGGGCUGUUGUGAUCUAGUUUUGGGAGUGGAGUGGCUGGUAACACUUGGUGAUAUUACAUGGAAUUUCAACAAAUUGUCUAUGCAAUUUUUCUUCCAAGGCAGGAAACAUGUAUUAAGAGGAACUACUUCAGUAAAUGUGAAAACAAUUAGAAGACACCAUAUGACUAAGGCCUUACAGGAAGGGGCCCAUUUUUCUAUGCUGCAUCUUAGUGACAAUGAGGAAAGAUUGCUGCACUCCCUUACAAGUCAUACUUCUGAACAUUCAGUCGACCCUGCGGUAGCUGCUUUGUUACUGAAAUUUGAAGACCUAUUCAAAGAACCUACUAGUUUACCUCCAAAAAGACAGGGUCAUGACCAUAAGAUUCCAUUGCUUCAAGGCACUAAUCCAGUUAACAAAAGACCUUACAGGUAUGCAAAGCCGCAAAAAGACAUUAUUGAUGGACUGGUGAAGGAAUACUUGGCUUCCGGCAUUAUUCAACAAAGCAGCAGUCCAUUUGCCAGUCCUGUGGUGUUGGUAGGCAAGAAGGAUGGUUCAUGGAGACUGUGUGUUGAUUAUAGAGAGCUGAACAAGUCUACCAUAAAGAAUAGAUUUCCUAUCCCAUUGGUGGAUGAUCUUUUAGAUGAGCUGUAUGGUUCCUCAAUCUUCUCUAAAAUUGAUCUAAGAUCUGGUUAUAACCAGGUUAGGAUGGAUGAGGAUGAUGUGUACAAGACUGCAUUUAGAACCCAUAGAGGGCAUUUUGAAUACUUAGUGAUGCCAUUCGGGCUAACUAAUGCCCCUGCAACCUUUCAAGGAUUGAUGAAUGAGGUGUUUAAGGACUUUUUAAGGAGAUUCUUACUCGUGUUUUUUGAUGAUAUUUUAAUUUACAGCAGGUGUUUGGUAGACCAUUUGCAGCAUCUUGAACAGGUGUUAUUAACCAUGAGAAAGGAGUCUUUGUUUGCUAGGAGAUCCAAAUGUUACUUUGGUGUGGACAGAGUGGAGUAUCUAGGGCAUUUUAUCUCCAAGGACGGUGUAGCUACAGAUCCGGCAAAAAUUCAAGCAGUACAGCAAUGGCCUUAG